UCUUAGGCACCUACGCCAGCCGUCCACGGGUGUCGGCAGCGCGGCUGCGGCCUGUGUGGUGGAGCAGCGGCGGUCUGAAGCAGCGCGGAUUUCAUCCCGGAGCUGGAUGGCUGAGGCCGGCAGGAGGGCGCCGCCGCCGCUGGGGCUUUGCGACCCGGCCACCCGGAGGGUCAGGCGUCCAGAGGCAGAGGAUGGACCUGCGGCUGGACAGGGGACCGUCCGGCUUCAGCUGGACCUGUCCGAGCCAGACGAACUCUCUUCCCCUGAGUUCAACUACGGAGAGCUCAUCCAGUCCCUGCAGGCCAAGAAGGACCCGUCAGGUGCUCCACCUGCUCGAGACCCCAGUGACCCCUUCAACGACGAUGAGAGGGAGAGACAGGAGGUGGAGGCCUUGGCCAAAAAGUUUGAGAACAAAUAUGGAACGCCCUGCAGGAAGAAGAGGAGGGACCGAGUGCAGGAUCUGAUUGAUAUCGGAUUCGGUUAUGAUGAGAGUGACCCUUUCAUAGAUAAUUCAGAGGCUUAUGAUGAGCUCGUUCCAGCGUCUCUCACCACGAAACUUGGCGGGUUCUACAUAAACACGGGAACGCUGCAGUUCCGCGCUGCAUCGGAGUCUGAGGGAGACGAGGCUGAGGGAAAUGAAGGAGCGAUAAAGGAAGGGGAGGAGUUGGGGCUGAAGAGGAAGAAGGGGAAAGAGGAGGAUGUGGAGGAGAAGAAAGCGAAGAAAGUCCAGCUGCCCGAACCGGGUUUGGCACCUCUGAAUGCGCACCGGCCGGAGAAGAAGAAGAGGAAGAAGCUGAUGAAAGACUCUCUCUGCCUGGCGGCUAUGCUGCACCGCUUCACCAAGGAGAAGGAGGAGAUGCGUAAACAGAAUGUGGUGGUGGUCAAUCCCGGCCUGAUCAACUGCCCACAUCACCCGCAAAUCCUCCACAGCAACGCCCCCAACAAUGACCCGCUGCUCACCGACCUCACCUCCGACCCCGCUGUGAUGUCACUGCUGACCUCCUCCAAUGAGAGCGAGCUUCAGGACCUUCUGAGUGAUCUGGACUUCAGUGUUCUAGACGCUGGGCCACAGCCAGUAUCUGUGGGCAGGGAGAACGGCCAGCUAGGUGUGGUGGCAGGGCAGAAGACAGCAAGCGGGGCUUUGGGCAGAGGGGCAGGGCUUCUCUCCCCUCCUCCACUACCUGAGGGACUGCCAGAACCCCUGGUCAAACGCAUCGAAGACCUGCGAGUGGCUUCACGACAGUUUGACCAGGAGGGCAGGAAGAAGUUCUUCACUUUAGACAUGAAUAAUAUCUUACUGGAUAUAGAGCUACAGGUGCAGGAGCAGCCCCCGGCGGUGCGUUCAGGUGUUUAUUCUCACCUGGAGGCGUUCGUGCCCUGCAAUAAAGACACUCUGCUCAAACGCCUCAAAAAACUCAGCCUCAACAUACAGGAUGAUCGUCUGCGGACUCCUCUGCUGAAGCUGAAGCUGGCUGUGUGUAGUGUGAUGCCCGAACAGACCGCCAGAUACAACAUGGACUGUCUGGCCAGAGUGGCAAAGCAGCAAAUGGAGGAUGGAGAGAGAAACGGCUCAGAGGAGGACGAGGAGGAGAGACCGGGGAAGAGAGUGAUGGGCCCACGGAAGAAAUUCAUCUGGGACGACAAACUCAGGACUCUGCUGUGUAACCUGGUGCGGGUGAAGCUGAAGUGCUAUGAGCAGGAGAAAAGCUCUCUCUCUGUAGAGGACUACCUCAAAGCCUUCAUGGAGAAUGAGGUCAAACCGCUCUGGCCCAAAGGCUGGAUGCAGGCCAGGAUGCUGUUUAAAGAGAGCCGUACGGUACACGGUCACCUCACCGACCUGGGAAAGAAGAGGAUCAUUCAGCCCCCCAAACCGGCUAAAGUAAAGGAGUGGGAGUGGAACCAGCAGCCGAUCCCAGUGUUGGGACCCUCAGCAUCUCCAGCGGUUUCCGGCCCUAUUCGCCCACCCCUCUCCCCAACCUCAGAGCCCAUCUGCCUGUCGGACUCCCUGGACGACGACCUGGCCACCAACUCUCUGGACUCCAUCGCUCAGGCACUGUCGCUGCUCAGCAAUGCUGCAAACGGUGUCACGGUGAACUCUGCUACUACUGCUGCCUCCUGUUCUCCUCCUGCUGUUAGCACUCACUUCUCUUUGGUUUCUCACGCAGAGACUCUUCCCACCACUCUCGCCUCCUCUGCUCUCCCCUCCACUCCUCAGCCAUCUCCCGCACGAGUGGAGCUGUUUUCUGGCCUGAAAGAUGCGGGAUUACUACAGAGAAACACAAUGGUACCUGCUAGCAUUGCUAACAGCAUUGUUAGCAGGCCCAGCAACAUCGUUAGUGUGAGCACCACACAGCCAGCUAAGCCACGUCCACCUCCAACAGCCUCGCCUCUUCUCCCGCCACAGCAGAAGCUGUUUGGGCUGAAGCCCGGUCAAACUACGCCCCCUAUGGGACAGCCCAAGAACUUGGUAAACAAACAGGCUGAUGCUAGUGCUAGCAGAAGUGGAGGAUCUGCAGGGCUCCCACAGCAGCCUUGUGUGAAUUCCCACACUUCUCUGCUGAACCCCAAAAGCCCCCAGCAGGUGGUGCGGGUGCACAGCUCGCCCUGCCAGUCUCCUACGCCUCCUUCGCCCCAGGGCAAAGUUCAAAUGCAGACCCCUACCCUGGCGCACCACCAGCCGGGUUUCAUAACGCCCAUGCAGGCCACCAUCACCAAGUCUUCCCACAGCAGCAGCAGCUCACCCAUCAUCAAACUCACCCACCGGCCCCCUGCCCCAACGCCUCCGCCAACUUCCUCUCCCUCCCCCAAUUCCUCCCCACGCCCCCAGAUCAUGACCCCGCCCCUCCAGUACAGCCCUAAAAGCCCCGGGUUCAGGCCUCCCUUCAGCAUCAGCCCUGCCGGUAAAGCUGCCGCACAGCAGGCGAGCUACAGCUUUGCAGGUGCGCAGAAAUCCACCAGUCCUCUAGGGAGCACCAGCGCAAGCAUCACUAACCCCAGCCCCAUAGCCACACCUCAGCCUGCUGGCUUCCAAGACAGUAACCCCUCCCCUUCAGCUGUCUCAGCCAAUCACGGACAGAGACAGAGGCCUGUGGGAGGAGCCAGUCAGUGUGCCAAGUCUUCAGCCAAUCGCGCAUCAACACUGGGAUUGACCUCUCCAUCUGACUCCGCCCUUUUGUCCCAGGUUUCUUCCUCGGCGGGCGGUAAUCUCCUGAGCUCAGUGGGGGCGCCUCUGCCGCUGAGUUUCGGUAUGCUGGGUGGUCUUGUGCCCGUCUCUCUGCCCUUCCAGUUCCCCUCACUGCUGAACUUCACUCCGCCCGGCCCGGCCAGCGCAGGGGGGGCUUCACCCGCCCCCAACUCAGGAUACAGUCUGACUCAGAAUACGAACCAAAGCCAGGCAGGAGACGUGAAGAGGAAGUCCCACUGACCGGACGCCACCAGAACGUACCAGUCAGCCGACACUAAACAGAUAACGACUAUCUUAUUAUCAGAUUAAAAGCUAGCAAGAAGCAAGAACCUGAGUUUUGCUUCUGUUUUGGACCUGAUUAACAACCCGUUUCUUCAGUUAACAUCUUUUUAUUUAACGUUUGUUGUUUUGGGCUGAUUGGAGGAGCGAUUACAGUUUUAGCGUUUUAAUUUCGUCAAUAUGUUUACACAACAAGACCUUAAUCACUGUGGAAGGAGUGGGGUCGGGGGAGGGGGGUGGAAGGAAAAUAGAAGCAACAUAAUUUAAUUUAUUAUUAAGUUCCUGUGCUUUUCGCAGCGUUUUCUAUAUUAGACUGUUAAAGCCGUAGCUAUCAAUAAUAAAGUGAGUCUGUUAUUUAUAGUUUGAUACAGGGACACGUUUUCAGGCUUAGAAGAAGAAAACUGGGUAUGUACAUAAAAUAUACAUAUAUCUAUAUAUGCGUAUAAAUAUUCUAAGCUAUAUUUCCAGGUCAGUAUGAAUGGGGAGCACAUGAGAUCAUGAACCCCUCUCACUUUCUCAGUGUUUUUGGUGCUGUGGAUCACACUGGACCUUCUAAAAGGAGAAACGACACUUGAAUAAGUUCCUUUUAUUGCGCGUGGUUUGUUUUGAGCGUUUGUGCGUGACUGAGGGGAGAUUAGAGAUUGUAGCUUCUACUUGAACUUUCAUUUUCUGAAGGAUUUCCGUAUAAAACUCCAAACACUUUCAAUAAAACAGAGUCGCCUUAGUUUGUUAAGUUUAACAAAAUAACUAUGCAGGACUGUAAAUGCUUCAAUGCAAAAACACAAGCUGUUGCUUAGCUUGCCUCGUUUUCUGGUCAACUGUUAAACAGUCAGUUUCCCGGACAGGGUUUAGGCCUAAUCCUAGCAUUCUGAACAGAGAUGCAGAGAUCCCUGUCUAGGCUUAAUCCCGGUCUGGAAGCUGACCCAGAGUCCCAGAACUGUUAUAUAUGUGUGAGUGUGUGUGUGUUAUAGAGAUGACUGUGUUAUUCUUCCUGUAUCGUCACUGUCGUAUCAAAACCUCCCAACUUUGUUUUUCUUUAUUUCACUGUUUUUAAACCUAUUUAAAAACAGUGUAAAUAUUUUGAGAUGAACAGACCAAUAGAAAUGCUCCAAAUUAAUACAUGAAUGACACUGUUCACAUUUAAAAUUUUGAAAAAUCAGUGAAGUUGCACUUUAAGAAUUUUUAAAAGUUCCACAUGAUUAAAUGAUUGAGACGAGUAGUUCAGAAUGCUUUGGUGUGAAAUGCGUUGUUCUAGAGAAACUUAGAGUGAGAAUUGUUCACAGUGGUGGUGAUAGGAACUAGACGUCCACCUCUAAAAGCUCCUUCACAGAAAGUUAUUACAUGAAAUGGUUAUGAAUUCACUGCCUGAUGUCUGAGACACUGUUUUAAGUUUUAUUUUUGAGAAGAUUUUAAACUCCAUUCAUGUUGGUGGGAUACAAAAUAUGGAGGGCACAGUGAAGCGAACUAGUCCCCAAAGAAAACUUAUUAUUUCAGAUUUUCCACUAUUUUCCCAUCAUCAACAUUCCAUAUAAAACUUAGAAGACACGUGUAGGUUCACUGGUGGUUUUGGAUAGUAAAUAAAAUAGCUAUAUUUGUGUUGUAGUCAUGGUGACCUCUGGUUCCUAUCAACACCACUCUAAAGAAAUCAGACUCUGUACAUUUCUCUAUAAUUAACCAUUUCAUAUUAAAGAACUCUGAAUGACUACAGCACGAUGACGGAAUUAUGUAAAAUCCCUAAAAAACAUCAGUGGGGCUCCCCUUUAACUGAAAUUCAGGACACAGCUGAAAACCUGAGUAUUUUUUUAUAUAUAUAUAAAUUGCUGUUUAUUUAUGCUUUUGAAUUAAGUGCUGCUGCUACUUCAAAGGUGAUUAUCUCUGUGUUGGGAAAGAGAACUGAGAGAACUAGAGCGGCAGUUUCAUUUCAAACAGCUUGCAAAACAAUCUAACAAAUGAAAAGUUAAAUACUUCUUAGUUUCCUAAAAGCAUCUAAUGCUGAAUUCCAGAGUGCUGCUGCUAUAAUGAUGGAAAACUCCUGUUUCUCCAGUAGGUGGCGCUGUUAGCACACAAGUCUCUCUUUUGUUUGUCAUUCGGAGCAGAAACAACCGUGAACCCACACCAGCUGGAUCUGAGCAACACAGUGUUAUUUGUGAUCUCCAGAUCGUAUAGAACGCAGCUGCACUGAGGACAGUGGGUGUUUCACUGUUGAUCUGCUCAUCAAACUGAGAAUGAAAAUCGUGAUUAAAAAUGCUGUUCAAAUGAUCAGAUUAUUUGUCAAGUGUUAGAUUUUGACACUUUACAGUGGACCUAUUUAAUCUAAUGUGCUUUCACAAGAAAUUUUUAACUUUAUCUUUCAAAAAAUUUCGAUGCAGCUGUAAUAUUAAAUUUAGGCUUUUGGGCCCACUGGAUAAAAACCAAAAAUCAAAUGGGUACUAUUGUUUGGCAUAAUUAUUAUUUUUAAAGUACUUUUAGUGAUUUUUGUCUUUAAACUGAAUGUAAAGGUAAGGCAUACGUAUAUGCAUAUAUGCUUUGUAUGUAAUGAAACCACUGAAGCAUUUAAAUCAGGGGUCUCGGACUACCCACGAGCUUCAUGACAGUAAAUCAGCUCCACCCUUCAGACACUGUCUGGUUCCCCAACAUGAGCUCUAUAAAAUCAACUCAGACUGACGAUCAGGAUGUUAAAGCAGAAACACAAACCUGCUACAGCACAAACGCUGCACACUGACUGUAAUUCAGCUACAGCUAUUAUUCUAAUGCAGAAGGAGGGAUAGUUAGUUAAACAUGCCUGUGUUGAUUUAUCAGGACUCGAUAGGAGAUACAGAGCAGAGCAAUUAGGAAAUGAAUGGAGUUAUUAAGCUAAUCCACUGAAUUAACUACUCAUCACUUCACUCAGAAGGAACAAUGCUAUCAAAAUAAAAGGCCCAAUUCUGCUGAUAAACACAAAGUUUAAUUCUCUAAUAUUUAUUUUGUUUUUACAAUGUUUUUAUGCUAUGACUACUAAUACUAAUAGUAGUAAUAUUAUUUUAAAAAAAUAGUGGUAGUUGUUUAUAGUGACUUGCUAAAAAAAAAAUGUUCCUCAUACUAAUUCAGUUAAAGAUGAGUGUUAAGAACGUUUUCCCCUGUAAAAUUGAUUCAGACCGCUGAGGUUUUGUUGCAACAGUGACGACAUGCCUUCAUCGUCUCAAGCUGAGAAACCUCUUAGAAAUACCUCCAUCUGUCGAUCAGUUCUUCCUUCUCUUUCCUUGUCCUCCAGUUUCUCUUUCUGUCUGGCCUCCGUUACAGAGCUCCGUUAGAGUUUUAGGGUCGUGUUGAAUCGAGUGACGGCACCAAAGACGACCGGCGUUAGACUGCAGCUCGGCAGAACUGUGUGUGUGUGUGUGUUUUAUUCCAGUGCGCCCGUAUCCGAUCCUCGUAACAUCUCUAGCGUAGACAGACCUAAACGUGCUCCUGGGUUUUCUGUGCGUGGAUAUUGUGGUGGAGAGAGUUUUUAAAAAGUUUAUAUUGUCUUUAUUUUUGUUUUCUAACGAGGCUGAUCUGGAGUAAAGCUCAUGUUUCGUCUCCUUUCUUUGAGGUAGAUUAUUUUGUCUGUGAUUCUGUAAUAAAAAUGCUGUCAUUUCUGUCA